UCUAGACAAAACUUAUGGGUAUACUCAUGACCAUCAAAUACACCGGAAAGGAUCCUGGUGCACAUGUAAUUUGGUCCUUACCCAUGACUUUCAAUAUUCGGCGAGUCAUCUAUCCAGUCCAUCGUAUCAUAGACGGCUGGUUUUGCGGAGCUGAAAGCCCGCAAUGGUUGAGCAAUCUUAGAAGCAGGAGGGCCUCGACUUCGCUUUCAUCUGGUUGCACCAACCCCUGUUUCUCGGAGUACAGUGAGAUCUCACUACUGUGUAAUUUGCAUUGCAAGUUGGAUGUACGGUUUGCCUUUGUCGCCGUGACGGUAGGAUCCUUUUGUCUUCGAGUCACGGCUUGAAAAGACUUCUCGUUGCUUCAGAUACUUAAGUAAAGAGAUCCAUUUCCAAGAUCACAUGCCCUGAUCUAAGCCGUUUCCCACCGAAGGUGUAUUCCUUCACUCAAGUCCGUCUUCCUAUCUUCCCAACAUGACAAUCCGCAAUGCACAAAGCCGCCAGUCCAUCUGGGCCAUCAUGUUCGGCCUGGUCUGGGUCCAGCUCGUCCCGGCCGUAGAGCUCUAUACCCUAUCCACCAUUCCCACAAGCCUCUCGUCGGACUGCCAGGCAGCUCUCCUGGCCGAUGUGGCGGACUGCAACCUUAUGGUGACCAAAUUCCGAUACGGCUACUUCUACCCGCAGGCGCUGCUGGAGAAGACGUGUACGUUGCCGUGCGGAACCGCGCUGAAAGCCUUCGAGGACGCCGUUGUGGCGGCGUGUGCGGGCGACGUGUGGGAUGGUUACAGGGACGACGGCGAGGCCGACAUGCCCGUCGCCGUGAUCCCCAAUGUGCUGCGGUACUUGUACGAGAUGACUUGUCUUCAGGACGAGGAACGGUUCUGCAAUGUCGUUGCCGGGGCGAAUGCUGCUUUGGCUGAUCCUGGCGAUGGUGUAUCGGGAUGGCUAGGUACCGUCGACAACACCACAGCGGCCGCAGAAGCUUGCGAUAUGUGCUUCAUCAAAAGCCUUCGCAUGCAAGCAGGUUCGUCCUAUUAUGACGGCCCUGCUCUAGCGAGCAGCUCGAUUUACGAGUCCAAGACGUCCAGUUGUCAGGUUAGCGACAUGCCGCGCACCACGUCGACAUUGCCAUUCACUGUACCAGCGCCGGCAGAACCAACAAGCAUGACAUGCGCUGGGAAGAUAUACGACAUCCAGGCUGGGGAUGACUGCCAUAGCGUAUCCAUCUCACAGGGCAUAGGCACGGCAUGGCUUUUAUCAGAUAAUAAUCUGGCCGCUUUUUGCACCGAUUUUCCAAGCUCAGGCUCGCUCUGCUUGGUCAACACGUGCUCUGUGUACACGGUGCAAGCCAACGACACAUGCAAAGGCAUCGCCAGAUCAGCAAACAUCACGGAAGCCGCCCUGAAGAGCUGGAACCCGGCCAUCAACUCGGGCUGCUCUAACCUCGACCGUCUGGUAAACGACCAAGUCUGCAUCGGCGUCCCGGGCAUAGCCUACAUCGACCCAGAGCCCACGGUCCUCGCGCCGACAAUCGCGACCACGUCAGCGCCCAUCCCCACGGACGUGGCGCCGGGGGUGGUCACCAACUGUGGCAAGUACUACCAGGUGCAACCGGACGAGUACUGCAACCUGAUCGUGCUGCGCUUCGGACUCACGCUGGCCGAUUUCACGCUCCUGAACCCGGACAUCAACGAGAACUGCACCAAUCUGUAUGCCUACGAGAGCUACUGCGUGCUGCCCGUGGGCGACAUCAACACGUAUCCCGGGCGUCCGGGGGCCUCCGCCACCACCACACCGACGGCCACCAUCCCCUUCACGCCCAUCACCAGUCUCGACCCUGUGGCCACGUCCUCGGCGCCCAUCUACGUGUCGACGGAGCUGCCGCUGGCCGUGGGCACGCGCGAGGACUGCGCGCGGUACUUUGACGGCGCGCAGGUUUUGGACGAGGAUAUAUCCGGUACGAGCUACGCCAACGCGUGCGAGUUCGCCGCUGCCGUGUGGGCCGUGAGCCUGGAUGAGUUUUCUAGGUGGAACUCGGCGCUGGGGAAUCUGACGGCCGGCGAGUGCGAUAUGGCUGCUGAGCUGCGGUAUUGUGCAAAGUUGAGGUAUGCGGAUGCGUUGCCGAGUUACGAGGGGGUGGGCUAUGAGUUUGAAAUCCGGGCGGGUUCUAUCGAAACUUGUACCCAGUAUGCUGAUGCGUGGCCUGACUGGGACUGCUCGGAUAUCCUGCUCAACUAUGAAUUAACGAUCGCGCAAUUCUACGAGUAUAACCCCGUGGUGGGCGCAGAUUGCAGUGGACUGUGGCCUGAGUACGCAUACUGCAUCCGCGCCGCCGAUUACGUAUCGCCCGUAACCAGCACUACCACGGCCUCGGCAACAACGACAGCAACAUCACGAACCACGACCACGGGCCCACCUGCAGCCACACACACAGGCCAGCCAGCAAACUGCGACGAGUGGCACGUCGUAGUUGACGACGAUACGUGCACCAGCAUCGAACAGGCCUACUCGAUCACAGCCCCGCAGUUCCUCGCCUGGAACCCUGCUGUUUCGGCCGACUGUAGCACCAACUUCUGGCUGGGCUACGCUUACUGCGUCGGCGUGUCUGAUGAUACACCGACUGUGACCACGACUAGGACGACUGCUGCUCCAACCACCACACCCAGUGUACCGUCGCCCGUCCAGGAGGGUAACGCGGUGAGCAAUUGCGUCGCCUACGGGCAGGCCGCUGAUGGGGACUGGUGCUCUGCAUUCGCAGACCUGAAUGGAAUUACCCUGGCGGAGCUGUAUGCGUGGAAUACCCUGUUGGGAUCGACAGGUGAGAAUUGUGGGAGUAGCUUCUGGGCUGGGUAUUGGUAUUGUAUUGGGGUUGCCUAGACAUUCAGCUCAAGGUCGAAACUAGUGGGCUAUUAACUCUGAAUACCAGGUC